ACUGCGAUUAUAUUGUUAAGUACAAGGCGGACAUACGGAAACACAUUCUGAGAAAACAUAAGAAUAGCUAUGUCUAUGUCAUCGAUAUUUCUAUGCAAAAAGUCCUCGAAUAACAAUUGGACCUAUCGUCUCACCAAGAAACAACGCUGUAUAGGAAAGUUUGCGUGUCCUAAUCCGAAGUGUCGGAGUGCCUUCAUGUCGCAGAAGAACCUGCAGUUCCACAUUCGCUACUAUUGCACUCAGAAGCCCAGGUUCAAGUGUCCCUACUGCGACUAUAUUGUCAAAUACAAGGCGGAUAUACGGAAACACAUUCUGAGAAAACAUAAGAAUAGCUAUGUCUAUGUCAUCGAUACUUCCGAGCAAAAAGUCCUGGAGUAAAUUUUCGUCGAGUUCAAGAAAUAUUAUAAAGACGAUAUUGCAUAUUUAUCAAUGUAAAUAUUCACGAGUGAUACAAUGUAAAUAUUUAUACAAAAUGUGUCUUGAAUAAAGAAUUCAUCAGUA